AUGCUAAUUGGCUUUGAAAGGAAGAAUUAUCGCCAUAGAAGAGAGAGAGAGAGAGAGAGAGUAAGGAUGUCACUAACCCUAUUUUCCUUUACAGUCGCUCAGUUUUGCUGUUUCUUCUUAUAUUCCCUUACAAAUUUCCCUAGCUUUUUUUUAUUUCCUUGUUCGCACGUAUUCAGAUUUGUUCUUUUCUUCUUUACUUCGUUUGUUGCUUGUGUUUUAUUUUUUUUUCGUCAUUUACAAGUUCUGUACUUUUUAUUGUCGUUGUUGCCAUUUGCUCGUUCCCACAUGAGCGCUGCUAAAAUCCCUUCUCCGCUUCUUCACUCCGGACUUACUUUUAGCUGCCAUCCUUUUCAUUGUUUGUUUGAUGUUCCCCCCCCCCCCACGUGUUAUCGCUCCGCAUUUCAUUUAUUUAUUUAUUACAAAAAUAUAUGA